AUGGAUUGCACAUACAAUACGAAUAAGUACAAGUUUCCUUUACUUCAAAUUGUUGGUGUAACAUCAACGGAGAUGACUUUUUGUGCAGCGUUUGCUUUUAUGGAGUGUGAAAAAAUGAAAAACUACAUUUGGGUCUUGGAGAAGCUAAAAGGCAUGAUGGAUCCCAACGCGCUUCCGUCCGUUAUUGUCACGGAUGGGGAGUUGGUGCUUAUGAAUGCCAUCACAAAUGUUUUCCCUCAUGCUACCAACCUCCUAUGUAGGUGGCAUAUUGGCAAAAACGUAUUAGCCAAGUGUAGAAAGAUGUUUGAUGACAAGAUGUGGGAGGAGUUUAUUUGCAGUUGGGGCCUAGUCGUCCUUUCAUCGAGUGUUGCACAAUACGAGGAGCGCCUUCGUGUUUUGAAGCGUAAUUUUGAAAUGGUUCCUGCAACACUUGAGUACGUCGAGAAAAAUUGGUAUAUAGAGGAAAUGAUUGUUGAGAUUAACUCAAGGUUCAAUGAGAGCAUGAUAAAAAAUAAGAGGGUUUAUCUUCUGAGCUCGCAGAUUCAAUUAAGCUCUCAUCUUGAACCAAAUUAUUUUGAAAUCCUUGAAAAUUCGUGGUCGCGAAUUUCAAGCUUGGGGUUGCUCGAGGUGGUGUGA